AUGAACACUCAUACCAAGCAACUAAGCAAGAACAGCCAUCUCACACCCUCGGUCAGCACUCUUAGAUCUAAUCAGGUGGCCUCAGCCCUUGAAAAGAUGAAGCAAGACACCACCGAACUGGCUGAAACCUACAGGACUCUUUAUGAGGCUCAAGGUAGAGCCGCUAUUGAUGAAGUCUCCCAUAAGUUAGCAAAGACUGGUUCAACAAACAUCCCACUAACAAUCUCUAGUAAUGCUGAAUCUACAUGGUUGAAGGCUAGAGUGAAAGGGGUUGUGAUAGGAGAUUUGAAGCACCCAGAUACACUUCAAAUCUUUGUUUCAGAGUCUGAACAACCUAGAUUUACUCAAUUUACAUUAAAUUCUUAUAAGAUAGCAAAAAGCGCAUACGAGUAUUUUACACAUGAGAAAGUACAGAGCGGAGAUUCUCUGCUGGCAUUGGAGCUGUUAUCAGAGGCUGUAUCCAAAGAAUAUAAAACAAAUGUUGUAUUCUUGCCUGGGGGAUUGGGAACAAACCAGAUCAUGACAUCCGCCACACAAAGUUUGCCCAAGGAGGUAGGACAUGAGAAAUCGUCCCUGUCAGAGGUGCAUGACAUCUAUGAUCUAUUGGUAGAUAUUGAAAAUCGGAAGCAGUGA